GCAAAGAUUCUCAGAGAGAGAGAGAGAGAGAUCAUUUCCACCAUUGUAGCGGAUUUGCAUCCAGUAACACACACAACAGCCUUAAAUGUAGGAGCAUUAUAGCAAAAAGGAUGGCGUCUUCAGCGAGAAGCAGGAUCAGCAGAAUAUUCACUGCCUCGAAACAGCGUCGUUUCGCACCGCCUUGCGCGCUCGGAUCCCCUUCCUUCUCGACCUCGGCAGCCGUCGCUGCCCCCGAACCGGUGGAGGAUGUCGACGGAUCGACAAUUAUGGGGAUGGUUAAAGACUACGAGGAUUAUAGGAGGAAUCUGUACGGUGGAUUGACGCAUAAUGCUCUACUCGUUGAUGCAGUCGGCACACUCGUCGUUCCGGCUCAACCUAUGGCUCAGAUUUAUCGGCAGAUUGGUGAAAAGUAUGGAGUCAAGUACUCGGAGCGUGAGAUAUUGAAUAGAUAUAGAUGGGCUUAUGAGCAGCCUUGGGGUCGAUCACGCCUCAGGUAUGUGGAUGAUGGGAGGCCAUUUUGGCAGCAUAUAGUCAGCUCAUCUACGGGCUGCUCAGAUUCUCAAUACUUUGAGGAAUUGUAUAACUAUUAUACCACUGAGAAGGCAUGGCAACUAUGUGAUCCAGAUGCUGAGAAAGUGUUCCAGUCUCUAAGAAAAGCAGGGGUAAAAGUAGCAGUUGUGUCUAACUUCGACACUAGGUUGAGACCAUUGUUGAAAGCAUUGAAGUGCGAUCACUGGUUUGAUGCUGUCGCGGUGUCUGCUGAAGUCGAAGCAGAGAAGCCAAAUCCUAUGAUAUUUCUGAAAGCUUGUGAAUUCUUGGGAGUACAGCCCGAGGAUGCUGUACAUGUUGGUGAUGAUCGUAGAAAUGAUAUAUGGGGCGCCCGAGAUGCUGGCUGCGAUGCCUGGCUCUGGGGAAGUGAUGUAAAAUCCUUCAAAGAGGUUGCCCAGAGAAUAGGGGUUGAGGUCUGAAAGCAGUCUGUUGCAUUACGAUGAAGACUAAUUGCUGCAGUUGUUUGAAGAUUUCAUCCUCACUCUGUUGCAUUACGAUGAAGACUAAUGCUGCAGUUGUUUGAAGAUUCCAUCCUCACUGUAUAUACAUCUUUUCUUGCUUAUUUCUUGUUUUUAAUGUAUGCGGGAGGUGAGAGAGGCCAAUGUAGUGUUAGAAUAAAGAGCAGAAAUAAGCUAGCGUUUGGAUGUUCUAGUAA